UUCAAAAAGAGCCCACCCAAAGUUCCGUACAAAGCCAUCACUUUGGCCACGGUUCUCUUCUUGAUCGGCUCUCUGUUAAUCGUCAUUGGUGCUCUUCUUCUGGCUGGAUACUUUGGAGUCACUCACACCGACCGGACUAUACCUGUUCUCAUCAUCGGAAUCCUUGUCUUCCUGCCUGGAUUUUACCACCUAAGAAUAGCUUAUUAUGCAUCAAAGGGUUACCCAGGAUAUUCCUAUGAUGAUAUUCCAGACUUUGAUGACUAAUCUUUAUACUGGAUUAAGCUGGAAGCUACAUCCACAUUACUUUGGUUUCGAAUAACAACUUUUAGAUUUAGUUUCUUGCUUUACAAUUGGCUGUAGCAGAUCGUUGGAGUUGCCACAAGGGGACUUUACUAAUUGCAAAAAGUACAUUUUUGUUAACCAUAUGGACCAUAUUUAUCAUAUGGAGUUUAUGGUCUAAAAAAUUGGUUUUUAAUAGAUAGGCUGAUUUUUUUUUUUUUAAUUUUAACUAAACAAGUACAGUACAUAUCAAUUACAAAAGUUUAUACAUAUGGUAAAUAAGCAUAUACAGUUAGGCCCAUAAAUAUUGGGACAGUGACACAAGUUUUGUUAUUUCAGCUGUUUACGAAAACAUAUUUAGGCUAUGGGCUUAAAGUGCAGACUCUCACCUGUAAUUUGAGAGCAUUCACAUCCAAAUUAGAGCAAGAGUUUAGGAAUUACAGCUCUUGAAUACGUAGCUGCCUCUUUUUCAAGGGACCAAAAGUGGACAAUUGACUCAGAAGGCUGCAAAGGGCUCUUCCCUCAUUAACCUGUCAU